CGAAAAAUCAAUUCAAUGCAUUUGUUAAUUAGUUUCUGUGUCGUAAACAAAAUAAAUAAGUUUAACGCAACGGCUUACUCAUUUUACUGAUUGACGAGAUAGCCCGACAAGUUUAAAGCCACGCUAAGGACUCUUAGUGAGUGACACACGACGCGGCAAAUGUUGCACAGCCAAACAGCUACUUGUAAGAAGUAAUUGAUCCAAUUCAUAGUUUUAACGAAUAAUUAAAGGAAAGGUAUUUUUAUUAUUCACACAAACACAUCGAAUAAAAUAACCACAGUAAUUGUGAAUUUUCCAUUCGCCUUUAUGAGGGUCGUUAGUUUUCAUGCUGGCAUGCAGACCCAUCUCAGUGUGAUUCUGUAAGACUUCAUUCUAAACUUCGAAUCUGAAUCCGCCGUGAGUAGUAGUACACUAGCGCUACACUUGCGAGUUGAACUAAAUUGACAGCAUCAUUUUGAAAGAUAAAGUAUGAAAUGACGUUAAAAGUGGCAUUCUAAAAUUUAAUUUCACCGUCACUUCGACGCUCACUUCGCACUCGAACACGAUUCAAAAUCAAACAAAUUUUAUAGAAUCGACGUGCUGUUCGUGUAGUUGAAUAAUAUACAUACAUAGUUGCACAGACCAUUUUUAAUUGCUUCAUUAAAUUUGUACUGACGUAUCACUUUGUGAUAUGAAAACUACCUCUCUCAAAUCCCCUAAAAAUAAUUUAAGUUCAACAACUGAUAAAAAACUCCAAAUUGCCCACAUAAAAAAUAUGCCGUGGAAUUAUUACAUUUAUUAGUAUAUUAUUGUUUUUCUUUUAUAAGGUUAUUUUUAAUAAAUUAUUCCCAUUAUAUUUGUUCUAUAUCUUUUUUAUGUCAUUUUCUUUUUUCUAUAUUAGUGUUCGGCUCUCGUUGCGUCACGUUGUUUCAUAUUCUCCCUAAGUGAAUAACCUGUAAGCUUUUCUCUGUAUUGUUCACGAGUAUUUGAGGAUGAGAAAGUGUCUUAUUAUCCCUUUUGAAAAUUUCUUUUUUAAUAAUUGGUAAGCUUCUUUCUUCUUUAACGUUCACGUUUUUGCCACGUUAUUACAGUACACUGUUACAAUUGCCUACUUUACAAAAAAAAAAAAAAAUAUUCAGUUUUAUCUCUCACUUAUUAUCAAAUUCAUACGACUUUUUACCAAAUAAAAAAUGAAACGUCAAAUUUAUUUAAUUGGUAUAGGUAAUAGAUCAAUAUGAUUCAAGGUAUAUCGAUAAAUGUUUUUACAUGAUAAAUGGUGUGUUAUCAGUUAUUAAAAUAUGAUAGAUAUGAACAAGAUAAUCAGCGUUAAUUACACAAAGUUUAAGUAAGUAUAGGAUACUUGUAAUCGAACGACCUUCUAUUUUGUAAAUUGUUUAGUAUAGUAAUAGAAAUAUUAUAAAAAGAGUAUAUUUUAUUUGGCGUUGUAUUAUUACAUUUACGCUGCUGCUACAGUCGCCGCGUGCGACUGUAGCAGCAUGACAGUCGCCGCGUUGCGUGUCCCGGAAUGCUGUUCAUGAAUAUGGGCCCCUAGCAUGGCUUGAAACUAGUCGAGUAUCUCGUCAAACUAUUACAUGGUAGCGAUAAAACUUAUAGUUUUAUCCUUGGCUUGCCUCAGCGCAGCUGCCGUAUCUCCUAUUGAACCAAGCAAGAGGAAUACGAUAUUUGCAGAUGAACGUUUUGAAGGUGAAGUCUUCGAGAAUGUCGAUGCUUUCGACAACAUUGAACUAACUAAUGUCGGUGCUUCACCAUAUAGACUGCCCACUACCACGGCACCCGUAAAGUAUGAUUUAUCUUGGACGAUCUCUUUCACACCUCAAAGGACAUAUUCUGGUACAGUUACCAUAACACUUGAAGCAAAACAACCAAAUGUUAACCAGAUCGUUAUUCACAGUGAUCACACUGUCAAUAGUAAUGUACAACUUAGGUUUGGACAAAAUAUUAUCCCUACGGAUGUUUCAAUUCAGAAGGAAUACCAAUUCUUCAUAGUAACACUUAGAGACGGAGUUCUAAGUUAUAAUGAGACUCACCCUAUUCAAUACACAUUAUCCAUUGAUUUUACUGGGACUUUCCGAACAGACAUGUAUGGUAUUUAUGAAAGUUGGUUUAGAAAUACACCUCAGGAACCUGUCCAGUGGAUGGCUACGACCCAGUUCCAAGCUACUGCAGCUCGCUACGCCUUUCCUUGUUACGAUGAACCCAGUUUUAAAGCUAAAUUCAAUGUGAACAUUAGGCUGCCACAAAACUAUAACAGUUGGUUCUGCACUAAACUUAUCAAAAGCGAUACUUAUAGCACAACUGAAAAGAUUGACUACUAUGAAGAAACCCCAAAAAUGUCAACUUAUCUCCUGGCUUUGAUUGUCGCUGAUUAUGGAAAAAUCGACAACGGACAAGUGGACAAGUACCACGAAGUCAUAGCAAGGCGAGGUGCACUUGCCGAUAAUCAAGGAGACUAUGCUUUGAAGACUGGUGAGGCGCUACUAACUAGGAUGAGUACAAUCACAGAUUACGACUUCUAUAGUCAAGAUUCAAAUCUUAAGAUGACCCAAGCCGCUAUUCCCGAUUUUGGAGCUGGAGCUAUGGAGAAUUGGGGAUUGUUAACUUACAGGGAAGCAUAUCUGUUGUCUGAUCCAACGCAUACAAGCAGUCACUUCAAGCAGAUCAUUGCUUAUAUUCUUUCACACGAAAUUGCUCAUAUGUGGUACGGUAAUCUGGUCACAAACGACUGGUGGGAUGUCCUGUGGUUGAAUGAAGGUUUUGCGAGAUACUACCAGUAUUUCUUGACAUACGAAGUUGAAGAUUUGGGUUUCAAUAUUCGAUUUGUUCCUGAGCAAGUACACACGGCUUUGUUGUCCGAUUCUUCCAACAACCCUCAUCCUCUGACAAAUCCUGGAGUUGGCAGUCCAAGGUCUGUCAGUGCUAUGUUUUCGACAAUCAGUUACAACAAAGGCGCAGCCAUCAUCCGAAUGACAGAACAUCUCCUUGGCAAAAAUGUUCAUGACAUAGGACUCAGAAAAUAUUUGAAAGAUAAUGAAUUCGGCACAACUACACCUAUAGAUCUGUUUAAUGCUCUGAACGAAGUAGGCGUCGCAAAUGGUGCCUUCAACAACUACCCAUCAUUUGAUUUUGUGGCAUAUUAUAAGAGCUGGACUGAACAACCCGGACACCCUAUCCUCAAUGUGCAUAUUAAUCAUACAAGUGGACAAAUGACUAUUCACCAGCGCCGUUUCAAUAUCAACACUGGGUAUUCCCUACAAAACACACUGUAUGAUAUACCCAUUACUUUUACUACUGCAUAUGACGCGAACUUCGUAAACACAAAGCCGACUCACAUUAUCAAAGAACCUAUAACUGUCAUUGACCGCGGCUAUCAUGGGGAUCAUUGGACCAUUUUUAACAUUAAACAAACAGGUUUCUACAGAGUCAACUAUGACGACUACUCGUGGAAUUUAAUCGCACUAGGUUUGAGAGGUCCAUCUCGGUUGGUGAUAGACGAAUUGAACAAAGCGCAGAUUGUAAAUGACGUGUUCUCAUUUGCUCGUGCCGGUAUUAUGCGCUAUGAUCGUGCUUUGCAUAUUCUAUCUUUCUUGGCCGAAGAGGACCAGUACGCACCGUGGGUUGCGGCCGUAACGGGUUUCAAUUGGCUUAGAAACCGACUCGUUGGACACCCACUACUAGCAGUAGUUGAUGACUUAAUAAGGACUUGGUCAACUAAAGUAAUGAGUGGUCUUACUUAUGAGCCGACUAUUUUAAACAAUGAAGAUGAAACAUUCAUGCGAAGAUACUUCCGAUUCCAACUUGCUCCAUUGAUGUGUAACGUGGGUGUACAAGAAUGCAGAGACAAAGCAAAGACAUUAUUUGAGAGACUAAAACAAACCCCCCCAGUUAACGUGGACAGGGAUAGUCGCAACUGGGUUUACUGCAAUGGUCUUCGCCAAGGUACGGAAGCAGACUUCACGUUAUUGUGGAACAAAUUCAUAAACGAGAACCUCUACACAGAGAAGAUUGUACUUCUUCAGACUCUUGGUUGCACUCCUCACAGGAAUUCGCUUAACGCAUUGUUAGGCAACAUCCUCCAAAGAACUGACCCAGCUGUCCGUCCUCAAGAUUACAAUACCGCACUCAACGCUGCUGUCUCAGGCAAUGAAGGCAAUACACAGAUUGUCCUUGAUUAUUUCAAGAUUGAUGCUAACUUGCAAGCCUUGCGUGUAGCGUACAACGAUGACUUGAGGACUCCAUUGUCUUACAUCAGCGCCAGGUUGAGGAAUGCAGCAGAAGUCGAAGAUUUCCAAACGUGGGUAAAGGCAUCCAACUUGGGAAUAUAUGAAACCGAUAUACUUGAUGGUGCAGAGCAAACUCUCAAAAGUUUUGAGUUCGUUGCUAGUAUCGCAAAUGACUUGGAUAAUUACUUUACUGGAACAGACGAUCCAAUUUCGACCACCACCUCAGGUCCAAGUACUACGGUGUCCCCAGUGACAGUCACUGCGCCGCCUUUAGUGCAGCCAACCACUCCAGUUCUUCCGAGCUCUGCUGUUACAAGCAUCACAUCUGUCUUCUUGUUAACCUUAGCCGGUAUAGCUCACAUUAUUGUAUAAGUUACCAAUAAAAAAUAUGAAUCGGGGUAGUUUGUGUAGAACCCCAAUCAUUAGUCGGUAAGCAAAAAAGAUACAGCAAUAUUUUUUAUUUAUUUUUAUAAUAAAACAUUUUCUGUACACAUGUUGUGCUUAAUUCAAAUCUGUCUCAUAUGUAAUGUAAAACUUAUAAUUUUUACGAUGACCAAUUUAGAAAUAUGGAUUUAGUUGUUUAAGUACUUACUGUGUUUAACAUAAUAUUUGUACGCGCUCAUAUCCCUAAUUUUUGUCCGACUUGUAAAUAAUGAAACAAUAAAUUAUUAAAAUUAAUUUUAUAGAA